CAAACGGAGCUGGGGGGUUUAUAACCAUUUGCAGGAGGAUUCUGACUUAAAGCUGUGGAAAUUUAACUUUCGUGUUUCCUUUGGAAAAGGGCUUUGUCUUUUUUUUCCAUAGAGUAAUGAAAACAUGUUAAACUAAUUGCAGUACAAGCAGAUAAUUAUGAUAAACGAGUUUCCUUACGAAUACAACACAUGCACACUAGUAUGAUUAAACAAGAUGUACAGUAGCUGCAUAUCCCCUUGCCUGCUCUGCAAAACGGUUUAAACCGAAAAAAAAACUGCACACGUACCUUCAGUAAAUGGAAGCGCCUCCUACUGAUGGUUAAGGAUUUAAGUUUUAAACUUCGGUUUGAAAGUGGCAAACUUCAUCUUUGUCAGUUUCUACUUUUUUGAGGAUAUGCAAUACUGCUGCGAAAGAUUUUUUUCCUGUUUUUAAAUCAUCUGCAACUGGAGAGCCCCCGAACCUAACAUUUACUGUGAAUGAAAGAGGUUUAUGUUUCUUGAAGUAGUGUGGCUAAUGUGAAGAAGCUUUAACUUGUGUUAUGAAGACUUUCUGUCAGAAUAUAAGAAGAAAGUCUUUUUAUCGUACAAAGAAUACAUGAACUAUGUUCCGGAUCUUCAAGUGGACACUAAUUAUUGACUGUUUUGAUUAUGAGCUAACGUGAUUCGUGAUUCAACAGCUGAUCAGAAUGCAAAGCAAUCUUUUUUCGAGAUCUAAAAUGUUUUAUAGAUGCCAGCUGUAAUAUGUAUUUUGUUUUUAUAUUGACCUUGUAUGUGCAAAAAUGGUCUUAUUUCUUUUUCUUCAAAUUUGACGCUGAUCCCUACAGCAUGUAAUUAGCGUGCAGUUUUCAACCCUAUAAUUUUUGUAACGUGUAUUCAAUUUACUAAAUAGCAGAUCCGCAUUUUGAUCUCUCUUGUUUUAAGAGAAAACAAGUUUAAAAGUAACAUUCUUUGAAAUGAAAGUACGGCAGAAGGAAAAUUAAAAGAUCUAAAAAUAAAGUACUGGUUUCUUCUCCACAAAGAAUCAUUUGAACUUCCCACCGCAGAACGAGAAGGAAAUAAAUAACAGUUUUGACAUAUGGAUGUGAUUUUUGCAAAACAGACAGAUGCAGAGAAAUAAAGAGUCUCAGCGCAGACUAAAUGUGUUGCAGAUUUGAAAAAAAAAAAGCAGCCUAGAGAUUAUUUUAAUAAUUGUACAAGCCACGAUCGUCUACGUUAUGGGGAAACAGAAUGGAUGCAAAAAGAUGACCGGUUCUCUGGCUCCGAUUUAAGUGGAUGAAAACGUCAGUGAAAACAUUUUUAAGUGGCUAUCAAACCAUAUGAAGUUACUUUAUUCCAGCGGUUGUUGGAGGUUCGAUUUAGUUGGUUUAGUUAUGGGAUCUACUCUACUGCUACACAGUUUGAGCAUUAUUCUGUGCUGUUCAGCCCUGAGCUGCGCCUACGGUCUGGUAGAUGCUGAUGAUGUCCUUACUACGGAAGAACAGAUAUACCUUUUGUUCAAUGCCAAACGGAAAUGUGAAAGAACCAUAAAAUCUAAGCAUAAGGUCCAUGAUGGCUUCUGUCUACCUGAGUGGGAUGGCAUUGUUUGUUGGCCUGAGGGACUCCCAGGAAAGGUGGUGUCUGCAGCUUGCCCAGAUUAUAUUUUUGACUUCAACCAUAAUGGUCAUGCUUAUCGACGCUGUGACUUGAAUGGUAGUUGGGAGCUUGCCCAGACCAACAACAAAACCUGGGCGAAUUACAGUGAAUGUGCCAAAUUCCUUACACACUACAACCAGAACCAUGAGAAGGAAGUCUUUGAUCGCCUCAAAUUGAUUUACACCGUGGGUUACUCUGUUUCUUUGGGAUCAUUAAUGGUUGCUGUUGUUAUUUUGGGAUAUUUCCGACGCCUGCAUUGCACCAGGAACUACAUCCACAUGCACCUGUUUGUUUCCUUCAUGCUGAGGGCCAUCAGCAUUUUCGUGAAGGAUGAUGUGCUCUAUUCAGGGUCUGCACUAGAAGAAAUGGAGCGAAUUAGUGUAGAGGACCUAAAAUCUAUCACUGAAGCCCCCCUGGCAGACAAGACUCAGUUUAUUGGCUGUAAGGUGGUUGUAACACUCUUUCUGUACUUUUUGGCCACCAAUUAUUAUUGGAUUCUUGUGGAAGGACUUUAUCUUCAUAGCCUCAUCUUUAUGACCUUCUUCUCUGACAGAAAGUAUCUUUGGGGAUUUACUCUCAUUGGCUGGGGGGUCCCAGCUGUGUUUGUUACUGUGUGGGCUAGUGGAAGAGCUACUCUAGCAGACACAGAGUGCUGGGAUCUUAGUGCUGGCAACCUUAAAUGGAUAGCACAAGUGCCAAUAUUGGCAGCAAUAGUGGUAAAUUUUUUGUUGUUUUUAAAUAUAAUCAGAGUUUUAGCAACAAAAUUAAGAGAAACAAAUGCUGGAAGAUGUGAUACUAGACAACAAUACAGAAAGCUGCUGAAGUCUACUCUGGUCCUCAUGCCUCUGUUUGGUGUUCAUUACAUUGUCUUCAUGGCCAUGCCAUAUACUGAAGUUUCAGGAAUUCCAUGGCAGAUACAGAUGCACUAUGAAAUGCUUUUUAAUUCAUUCCAGGGGUUCUUUGUGGCAAUUAUCUAUUGCUUCUGCAAUGGUGAAGUUCAGGCUGAGAUAAAAAAGGCUUGGAGCAGAAGGACACUUGCCCUUGAUUUUAAAAGAAAAGCUCGGAGUGGUAGUAACACAUACAGCUAUGGGCCCAUGGUUUCACACACCAGUAUCACAAAUGUGACAGCAAGAGGCUCUUUGGCACUACACCUCACUACCCGUUUGGGACCUGCUUCAAUCAAUGGGCAUCGCAACCUGCCAGGUUAUGUAAAAAAUGGCUCUGUUUCAGAAAACUCAAUUCCAUCCUCAGGACAGGAAGUGCCCAUCAAAGAAGAGGAGCAGGCAAAUGGGUCCGGACUCGAUGAAGGAGAAAAGCCCACAAUAGUUGUGGAGGAGGAAAGAGAAACAGUGAUGUGACACUCAGCAUUACUUCAAAACUUACUGCUGGUUUUUCCACCAGGAGAAAGAACUGGAUUGUUUAAAAUCCUGUCUGGAGUUGUCUGCCUGUGUGAUAGACUUGGUAUUCAGAGUUAAUGAGUUUGCAGCUAAAUUCCUACUUCAGUCUCCUUUUAAAAAUCUUCAGGCAUCUUCAGUGAAGCUUCAGAAGUUUUUCAUUCUGCUGUGGAACUUUCGUCUCCAGGGCUGCUUCAAUCAGUGAAAGAGAGCCUGUAAAUGUAUAACAAAGAUUUUGAGCCAGAUAAUUUCAGCGAGAUUUCAGUGAAUGUGGCUGUAUAGCAGCCAGUAUCACAUAGCCACUUAUCUUUAUCAUUUGCUUUGUUAGAUUGAAAAGCCUUGUUUUGUGAUAGUGGCUCUUUUGCAGUGUUUUUGCAACGCAUAGCAUUCAGCAGAUGUAUAUUUAGUAAUUACAUAUUGUGGAACAACCAGGAGUGGCUGAGAGUAGAUAAAGGAAUUUUCUUUUAUUCUAUUAUCAUGCAUUUGUGGAUUACUUUUAAUUGUUGAUGUGUCUUUGAACUUAAAAUCUAUAAUGACACCAAAGUGGUUCUGUGCUGAAUUGACGUUAUACAGAUACUUCAAGCUGCAAUUAUUGUUGCUCUCUUGUUGAGCUGGGUUGGAUAAACUGUGAAUGGAUUCUGUUUUGCAGAGGGUAUUGAAAGAAUAAGAUAACUUCUAAUCAGAUCUUUGGAAAACUGAAAGGUUAGACUUAUUGGAUCUGCAUUGGGUUGAACUGUGACACUAGUGCAAUAUCUCAAUGAUAAGUCAUGAUUAACAAGAAGAAAAUUAAACGACCAUUAUGGCCCAAUACAAUAUAAAUAUAAGAUGUUCAUGAGACUUUAAUUUUGUAAAUAUACGUUUAUUUCAAUGUCUAUUCUGAAACUUGCUUAUACUGUAUUUAUAGCCUAAUGGGUUCAGUCAUUGUUUAUGAUUUGUGCUUUAAGUAUUCUAAAAUACGAUUCAUUUGUUCACCUUGAAUCCAGCCAGAAGGUUCCUUAGGUCUCAGAUCUCAACAGAAUGAAAUAUCUAGUUGUGCUUAUACAUCCACAUUUCAUGUGAUCUCUCUACAAAGAGGUAUGACUGAAGGCGUAUCUAAUCCUCUUUGUAAGUAUCCAUUACAAGAAGAUUGUCUUAAAUCUGUAUUCCAUGGUUCAUAAAUUCCAGAGAGAACUGAUUUCUGUAGCCUCCAACAGCAUGCAAUUGAAUUGUUCUGUACUUGAAACACAUUCACAUGAAGCUGGCUGCUGAUAUAUUGCUUGUGGCUGGAUAGCAGGUAAUGCUUAACGGCAACAUUAAAUGAGCAUCACAACCCAAAAGAAAUCAAUUGCAACUUUUUUCAGUUUAAACUGUAGGAAAAAAGUAGGACAUUUCUCAGUAUUAAACCUUUGCAUCACAUAAUCUCUCUGUUCCUACAAUGGCAAUUAAAAUGUGAACUAAAAAUUCAUGUUGACACAAUAUAUUCCUAGUGGUUUACAGUAUGUGAUAAUGAGAGUAUUGGUAAAAUCUCAUAUUAGCAGAUUUACUGUUAAUCUUAAUUGAUUUCAAGAAUUUUAAUUUGCUGUAAUUUGCUGUAAUGCUGGAUUUACACUAGCGAAGAUAGGAAGGCCCAUGGAAAGCAUUAUCAACGACAAUGAAACUAAUAAUAUGCUGUAGUUAUUUGUAAUACAAUUUUGCCAUUACAAUUGUUUCAUACUGUAUGUUGCAUAGCUGUAAGCCAGUCAAGCAUCCCAUAAAACUCAGAUUUAUUAAAAAACUGGAGCUUUUGCUCUUGCUUCAAGAGAAAAUUUAAACUCUGUCAAUUAAUGAAUACAACAAUUGACACAAUUAUAUUUUAAAAACAUCCCAUGAUUUGUUGUGGCAAUAGAACCAAAAUAAUCUGUGAAAAUGGGGAAAGCCACAAAGCUUUUAUGCUGCUUUUCUUGUAUAUAUGUUCAAUCAUUUGCUAUUGAAUGGAAGUCACAAUGUUUACAUGAAAUCCAUCCAAAUUUUAAGCAAAGAGAUGAUCAAAUGUUUUUUGGGCCUAUUUUCAAAGUAUGUCCCAUUAAAGAAUUCUGAAACUACAAUAGGACUGUUUAGACUGUUUUUUUUUACUUAAAGUAAAUACUAAGUACAGUACCACUUCCUGUAAGUCUAUGCCAUCAGGUCUUUGUGAAGAUUCUACAUAAAGUAAAAAAGGUAUUUUAAUUAAAGCACAAAAAAUUACAUAAGAAACAAAUCCCUGGAUACACUUUAUUUGAUAAGACAAAAUGUGACUGGGAGUACUUUGCCUUGUUUUCGCAUCCUUCAAUUAUUGAGCCUUGAACCAUGUCAUUUCCAUGAUCCCCAAGUUUGAAGUGCAUUAUGAGUAGAAUGCGUACUAAGAGAGAACUAUUUUCUGCUCUUCAGGGAGGAGUAUUCUGAAAGCGACAUAAAAAAUGG